AUGAUUUCAACCUUUACAACAGGCAUAGUUUGCCUGGCGUUGGUGUUAAUCCAACAUGUAUACGGAGACUGUUCGCCAGAAUUUUUUGCCAGGAGCAUACGAUAUGAUCAAGCUGUCGAGAUAGAUUUCUAUUAUACGGGGAUCAAUCUGGCGUCGGUUAAAGAAUGCGCGACAUUCUGUUCGCAACGAGAAUUUUGUCGAAGUGCCGUGUACAAUAGUAGGACGAAAACAUGUGGUAUCUCAUACGAGUAUACGGUAGCAUGUGCGUCCAGAACUCAGAGAUACAAGGAGUUCAAACUGGAAGAGGGACAGGGAACUGACUUGGUGCAAAUCGCAUGUGUCGAUGAUUGUAGAAGUCGGGAAGGAAAGAAUGCUGAUAAGAAGGAGAAGAAAGUUCCGUCUGAUAGAGGUAACGAUGUUCGUGAAACAAUGGAUUUAUGGAAUUCCGAACUAUCACCACCGGAAAUCGAAGCGACGGAGCAGGCGAUUGCUCAGGCUGCUCGGCAGAAGAAGUCGUGUGUCGCGGCACCUACAGUAUUCGAAGCACGCAGAAAUCGAGUGUCUUCUGAGUGUGUUCAUGUCGUUGAGCACGGAAUUUCAAUGGAUCAGCUGAGAAAGAGGAAGACGCUGGGAUAUAGUUCCACUGAUUUGUCUAUUAAGGUCGGAAUCAUUACCGGCGAACCAAACGACGGUAAUCUAAAAGAGACACCAUUAUCAUCAGCAUCAUCCGGCAACAAUGUGAUCACCGAUCCACUAACAACCCCAUCCGUCUCCAAGUUAUCACCCUCCACUUCCACUUCUUCAUCCAGCAACUCGGAAUCAUCGGAUCGCCCACGCGCCGAUGGAUACGUCACCCGUCUCAUUCUCGCCAACAUCAGUAGUCUCCGAGAGGGUGGAACUGGAUCCGUUGAACCGCUCACUCUCCAACAAAAUGACGCAAGUGUGGCAAAAGGAGGAGACGGUAAUAAAGACAAAGUACCAGUGUGCUACCGUACCAUCCGUCAUAGAUACCUUCUUGGUGCCGACUUUGAAACUCAUGAUGUUGAUUCUGUAAACGACUGUAGAUGUCUCUGUGCUGCUACCCACCAAGCAAGCAACAAGAAGCACAAGUGCCUCUCUUUCCAAUACCGUAGUAAAACUUGCACAUUGAACAGAGGAAACCACUUGGGGCAAUACGAUUUGAUUGAGCAGCGCAAAACGCUCUAUCAGUAUGUUGGAUGUGAUCCAGAAAUUCUUGUUGAAACCGCUUCUUCCAAGUGUCCAAACUUCAAAUCUGAGAGCAAACACGCGGAUGAGAAUAAGGUAGAAGAGAAGAAGACAGAGGAAAAGAAAGAAACCACCACUAAAAAGCCUAAAGUUGAGUUGGUAACUGCUGAAACUGUAGAAGGAGAGAAGAAAAAGACAACUACCAAGAAGCCAACUCCUACGAAGAAAACUACGACUAAGGCUCCAAAAGUGACAACGACUACAAAGAAGCCAACUACAACGAAGAAACCAAAGAAGACAACUGAGAAACCGACCACCACUGCUGAGCCCGAGAAGACGUCUGAGAGACCAUCCGGACAUGAUUCUGGAGAUGAGAAUAACGUUGUAGAAGUCAAACCAGCCGAAAUGAUUAUUAAACGUGAUGGCUGUUUCGAAGUAAUUGACGAUCAUCUGAUGGUCAGUGUUGCUGGAGGUUUGGAGCAUGAUGUGACUCUUGAAGAGUGUCAGUGCAUGUGCGCUAACAGCAAAAAAUCAGGAAGAUACGAGUUCCAAUGCCGAUCUGCUACUUACUACCACACUGAAAAAGACUGCAUCCUCAACUUGGAGGACAGAAACAUGAAGAGCAAACUGUUCGAAAGACAAUUCAUCAGCCUUAACGUAUCCUAUAUUGGCAUGUCAUGUGAGAUCGAUGAGACCGUGAGCAGUUUGGGAUCCUUGGCACCUACUGGAUGCAGAAGACCACAAGAGACCACCACUGGAGCUACUCCAUUAGAAGAGAAAUCCACCAAGAAGAAUGGGUUGAAAUCCGAUGAGUGUUAUGUGGAACUCAAUGACUUUGUAUUGGAAGGAACCGCGAUUGCAGUUGAAACAUCUGUGACUCCAGAAGAAUGCAAGUGCAAAUGUGCUGAAGGACAGAAGUUGUAUGGAGAAGAAUGUGCAUCUUUCUUGUAUUACUAUGACAGCAAGACUUGUCUUAUCAACAAACAGAACAGAUUCUCCAACCCAGAGAAAUUCAACUUUGUACCAAGCAUAAACCAAUCAAGAAGCUAUUUCGAAUGGACUUGUGCCAACAAGGACGAGGCUAGACAUAAAUAUCGCGCUGAUGUCUGUAAAAUGGAGCCAGAGACGGUCGAGGGUAAUCUUCUGAAUAAUGAGAGUGAUCCAGUGGAGGUAAAACACGAUGAAAAGAUGGCAGAAAACACUGGUAGACUGAAAAGAUUGGAUGAGAAGGAGUUUUUAGACAAACUUGAUAAAGUUGUGGAAUCUCAAGAACACAUUGAGAAGAGGGAUAAGACAACUACUACCAAGAAGUCAGAACACAUUUUGGAUACUGAGGAUGUUUUGAAAAAGAUAGAAAAAGUGGAAAGUGGAUCAAAUAAUGAAAUUGAUACCACAACAGUUUCCACCACUACUGAAGCUGCCACAACCACGCCAACAACCACGACCACUGAAGCAACAACAACUACAAAAGAUACUACAACAACUACAGAAGAGGCAACUACUCCAAAGAAAGAGGAAGUUAGUAUGAAGCCAGUGGAUGAAAAGGUUCUGAUGGAGAAAAUCAAUGAGGCAGUUGGAAAAUUGGAAGACGAUUCUAAAGAAGUAACAGAGGCGACAACAGAAGAACAGGAAACCACAACGGCUCAAUUGAUUCUGAAUACUAAAAGGAAUACAUUGAAGGAAACCAAGAAAACUACAACAGCUCCGAUUACGGACACUGGCAAGACUGAUACCGUAGCCAUGAAGACAGCCGAUAAGAAAACUAUUGAAAACCUGCUCAAAGCCAGAGUCGCUGAAGGAUCCAAUGUUGACUCUGAAGAAGAGAAGAAACUUGAAACCGAUCCAAAGCAUGUUCAGAUGAAAAAAGUUGAAGCUCAAGUUUUGGAGAGACUCUCAAAGAUGGAGAUCACCGAGCCUGCAGCAACGGAAACCGCUCUACCAUCUGGAACAUCUUCCGAAGUUUCAAAACAAACAAACAAGCCAUCCCGGAAAUCCAGUAUUCCGGAAGCCGAAGGACUCGAAGAUGAUGAAAUGGAAGAUCACAUUGGUGGAGAGCUCUCCACCGGAUUAGAUGAUGAACCAACAAGCGAGAUGGCGCCAGAGAGCACGGUUCCGGUUACUUCCACCACUGAAAAGGCAACAACUACCACAACCACAACAAAGGCAAAAGCCAGUGGAGUGAAAACUCACAAGUUUGAUGAGAAAAUCGACAAGGCUGGAAUGCCACUUCCAAGAUUAUCUACAACUACCGAGGAGCCAGCUACUACACCUGGAUAUCCACCAGCUGGAAGAUGUUCUUAUUCUGCGCUCUACCAGACAUCUUUCUUGGGAAGACGUCUCUUGAAAGCAGUUCGUGUGAAGACUCCAGCCGAUUGCUUUGCGGCUUGUUAUGCGUUGAGAUGUAGAUCGGCUAACCUUAUUGCUCAAGGUGAAUUCCAAAGCUGUGAACUCUACCGCGACUCUCUCAUUGACUACCGUAGACCGGAUAUGAUCGGAUAUGACGCUUCUACAGUAUACUUUGACGGAAUCAACUGUGAUGGCUCGCCAUAA